CUCCCCAUUCGCCCGCGCGUCCGACGACGUCAGCGGCUGCGCCUCUCGCUUCCUCGAGCCCGCUCCUCGCCGGCGUCCGGCACUCUCCACCAAUCUCGAUGGGCGGCGGACGGAAGCGGCGGCGAGACGGCUCGGAAGCGCCUUCCAUCCACCCGCGGAACCGGUACGCCGCCGCCGCGCCGGACUUCGCCGCGCUGGCGGAGCUCUACCCGUCCUUCCGCCCCUUCGUCUCCGUCUCCGAGCGCGGCCGCGCGUCCGUCGAUUUCACCGACUUCUCCGCCACGCGGGAGCUCACGCGCGUGCUCCUCCUCCACGACCAUGGCGUCAACUGGUGGAUUCCAGAUGGACAGCUUUGCCCUACUGUUCCAAACAGGUCCAACUACAUUCACUGGAUCGAGGAUCUUCUCUCCUCCAAUCUGAUACCACCAAUAUCCAGCUCAAGUGGGAGGGUGAGGGGCUUUGACAUAGGAACUGGUGCCAAUUGCAUCUACCCUCUCCUUGGAGCAUCUUUGCUGGGAUGGAGCUUUGUUGGGUCCGACGUGACUGAUGUUGCUCUUGAAUGGGCUAAGAAGAAUGCGGAGAACAACCCGCACCUAACAGAGCUAAUUGAGAUCAGAAAUGCAGAUGCAGCAUCCUUAUCCUCUGAAUCUGAAGCUAUUGUCAGGGAACCUAUCAGGGAGAACGUUUUAGAGCCCGCGGAGGAUGUAGCGAUGCCAAAGCCACCUGUCCUUGUGGGUGUUGUAAAGGAGAGUGAGAGCUUUGACUUCUGUAUGUGCAAUCCUCCAUUCUUUGAGAGCAUAGAAGAAGCUGGUCUUAACCCAAAAACAUCGUGUGGUGGGACUGCUGAAGAGAUGGUUUGCCCUGGUGGCGAGCUGGCCUUUGUAACACAUAUUAUUGAAGACAGUGUUUCCCUUAAGAACUCUUUCAGGUGGUUCACAUCGAUGGUUGGCAGAAAAGCAAACUUAAAGUUAUUAGUGUCAAAAGCUCGUAAGGUUGGGGCCUCGGUCGUGAAAACUACUGAAUUUGUGCAAGGUCAAACAGCUAGAUGGGGUCUUGCUUGGUCAUUCAUUGCUCCAAGAAAUAAGGUCCUCAGAUCUAGUACACCAGCAAAAAACCAUCAUUCCUUCAUGCUUCAGGGUCUUCGACGUGAACAUGGUGCAUUCCAAGUUCUGAAGUCAACUGAGGCUUUUUUUCUAGCUUCUAAGCUAUCAUGCAAAAUUGAUACAUUGUCUUUUUCUGUCGAUGUCACGUUGUCAGAUGAGCAGACUGAAGCUGCAAUAUUGCAUGGUGAUGAUUAUGCCGGAUCUCUAGAAGAGAGCUCUGCAAAGUUACAAAGUGUUGUUAAGGGAGUAUCCUUUCGUAUUACGGUGUUUGAACAAAUUCCUGGGACCCUCCUAAUUAAAGGUUCAUUAUUGAAUAAAGCUUUAUCAGGUACCUUCUCAUCAUUAUUCUCUCAGCUGGAGGAUACAUUAAGGAUGGAAUGUCCCAGUAAGGCGCGAUAGUUGAAGGUCCUUAGUUAUGAGCUUUAAUCAGACGGAUGUAUCAGCUGCCUCUGCACGGAUAAGUCUUUUGGAUGCCAAGGAACGUGCGAGAGGAAAUCAUGAGACAACAACAGCUUAACUAGAAGCCACAGACAGAGAUGCUGAGCUGUGAUUGAAACUCGCACUUGCACUGCAGGGAGUCAUUGCUGCUUACAUCUUUUCUUGAUGUGCGCUCUGCGCUGAUAGCAAGGUUGUGAAAAUACCAGCAACAGUGACUGGUGUGCUGGCCUCAUUUCUUAUCUGGAUUUGGAGAAUGACUUGACAACGUCAACAAUGAGAGUCUUGCUUUCAAGAUCCUUCAGCAUCACGCACAAUAAACCCUCUGAACGCAUCGAGUGAAUGACAAAAUAGAACACCGAUGAUUAGUACAAACCAGAUAUCUUAUACACUGCAUUGCCUGUGGAAUUUUGUUCCCCCUUCAUUUGUUGCACGGCUUCCCUGGUCAAUGAUCUGAACUUCAGUGAACGGAACAGUGCAAGAAACUGCUGCUAUGAAAUUGAUGAGUUUGUGAAACAUGUUUGUAGUACAACGCUUGUAUACCUGCUGCCGGCAGCAGAGUUUAAUGUAAUUGUCCCUACCUCAGAGGCGCGGCAUUGUUCAACUGUAUGGUACCUUGA